UUGGCUGUGCGCAAUGGAGGGAGCCCCAAGCUAAGAGAGCCGGGACAAUGAGACCAUAGAGAGGGAGGUUGUGGGGGCUGGAUGGGAGGUGGGUGGUGCCGCUCCCUCCGCGAAACUCUAUGGUGCCGGGCCCGGGAGCAGCAGCGCGAGCCGCUCUGCCCAGGCCCAACCAUGGAGGUGAAGGCAGAGGUGCCCCGGCUGGAGUACAUUGCUGUCUCGCUGAAGUGUGAGGCAGAGGAACAAGUGCCAAUUGCAGCCUGUGCCCAGCUCUGUGCCCCCGUGGGCGACCUCGCCCCCGGGGUCAAGCUGGAGGAGGCUGACAAGGAGCCUCUAGACAGAGGGGGAGCACCAGCAGAGGCAGGGCCUGGUAGGGCCUGGCAGCAGGAGUACUUAGUGGGAGACUGCCCGGGGCGCGGCGGGACCGUGUGCAUGGUCUGUGGCACCUUCCUGGGUACCUGUGGGCCGAGUGCUGCCCGGGAGCAUGUUCUGCAGCACCACGCCCACUCGCUGGGCCUCAGCCCGGAGGAGAAGCGCAACAUUCUGGAGGCCUGGAGCCAGGGGGGCAACCUGCCCGAGGGGACACCCCCACCCUGCACCCCAGGUCAGUACCAUGGGGCCAAGGAACCUGCCGAGAUCGAGGUUCUAAUUGAUCCAGAGGAGCAGACGGUGACCCGGAAACGUGGGCAGCCCAGAGGGCGCCCUGCCCCCCGCCCAGAUGCUAGGGCCCUGGAGCCUGGGCAGCGCCUGCGGGGCCAGAGGAGACGACAGAGCGUGGGGCCUGUGGAGGGCAUGGCGCUACCAGCCAGGGAGCGGAGGAGCAAGCAGCUGAGUGAGGGACAGGACAGGGGCACCGCGAGUCCAGGGACAACAUCCCCUUCAGAGGAGGCUGCCCCGAGCUCAGCGCCCCCUGAAAUCCGCCUCUUCACUGACGGUUCUUUCCCAGCCGGAUUCACGCUCAGGCUGUACUGCAGACCCCAGUCAGCUUCUGGAGGGAGAGAAAUCAGGAAGAAUCCAAGCAUCCAGGAACGGAAGAGCCCAGGGGACAGGGGAAAAACCCAGGCACUGGGGAAGAGACAGAAGCAGCUGGGCAAAGCAGGGACCGUGAGACGGGGCGCAGGGAACCCAGUUGGCAACUGCCCCGUCUCUGCGCUGCCCAGCCAGGAUCUGGACCCAGGUGUCCCCCGCCUCCGCCGCAAGGGCUACUCUCACCAUGGCAUCACCCGACGCCUCCGCCUGAGCCCUAGCACCGUCCGCUGCACCCUGCAGAGCUGGCAGGCGCGGGGCAAGGCCCCACCAGCACCCUCCCCACCCCAGGCCAGGCCCUUUGACCCGGCAUGGCGCGCCGACUUCCUGAUGGACUACGAUGCUGGUGCAGGCACCAUGGUGUGCAUGGUCUGCGAGUACUCACUGCUGCCUAUUCGACUAGGCACCGUCAUGCGCCACAUUCGCCAGUGCCAUGCCGAGACCCUGCACUUGCCUCGGGGGGUGCGCCGGGCCAUCCGUGAGGUGUGGGAGACCCGGGGACCCGUCCCCGCUCCACCCCAGCACGGGGCGCUGAAGGGGGAAUAGCGACCCAGGGACCUGCCCCUGCUCCACCCUAGCACGGGGCGCUGCAGGGGAAGGAGUGAGGCUGAGGGGGGAAUGGGGACCCAUCCCCACUCCACCCCAGCAUGGGGCGCUGCAGGGGGAAUAGCGACCCAGGGACCUGCCCCCGCUCCACCCUAGCACGGGGCGCUGCAGGGGAAGGAGUGAGGCUGAGGGGGGAAUGGGGACCUGGCCCCGCUCCACCCCAGCACGGGGCGCUGCAAGGGAAGGAGUGAGGCUGAGGGGGGAAUGAGGACCUCUCCCUGCUCCACCCCACCCCAGCACGGGGCGCUGCAGGGGAAGGAGUGAGGCUGAGGGGGGAAUGGGGACCUGUCCCUCCUCCACCUCAGCACAGGGGAGGCUGCCCACAUACUGGUGAGGUGACCUGCGGGGGGGCGGGAGCAUCCUGGGGGGUGAGGUAGGAUGCUCCCGAUUGACCCAGCUAUACAGGGAUACUGAGACACACCCCCAGCCUUCCCCACUAUAGGUGUCCCCCCACCCCCCAUGGCCUUUGAUCUCUGCCUCCUUUGUCCAGCAUUCUCCCUCCACUGCCUGGGGGGGAUCCACGCCUCCUUGCCCCCUGGCACUGUUCCCCUCGACAUACCUGUCCUUGUGCCCCCUGCCAGUGGGGGCAGGGAGCGCUGGGUCAGUGCCAACUGGCCCUCCCCAAGCUGCAUUAUAGCCUAGGCAGGGGUGGGAUGAAUGCCCCCUGAAGUUACCCAGAGCAGCCACAUGAGGGCAUCCCCACAGAAUGUAAAUAGAGCCAGGAGCAAUAAAUUAUUUUUGAUGAA